CGCCUCCCGCCGCCGCGCCGCUGCUCGCCGGCCACUCCCGUACGCCUCCCCCUCUCCCGUACGCCCUCCUGCGACCGGCGGCAGCGCAAAGAAGCACGUCCGGAAGGAUAGGAGUUUUCUGUCUAAGCCAAAUUAGUGCACUGCAGAGGAAAAAAUGGUCAUGGGGUUGAUAAAUGCUAACCCUGUGGUACAUGAGAAAAAAGAGAGGCGCAGCAGAGAAGCACUCGAAAACAAAGAUGAAAAUGCAGUGGAGCCAAUAGACCAGCUAGAAAUAUUUGAUCAUAUUAGAGAUAUAAAGGACCCGGAGCAUCCAUACUCAUUGGAAGAGCUUAAGGUGGUGACUGAAGACUCGGUCGAAAUCAACGAUGAGAUUAGUCAUGUGCGGGUUACUUUCACCCCAACAGUGGAGCAUUGCAGUAUGGCAACUAUUAUUGGCCUUUGCCUACGUGUGAAGCUCAUGCGGAGCCUUCCUCCUCGUUACAAGGUGGACAUAAGGGUGGCGCCUGGAUCGCAUGCAACUGAACUUGCCGUGAACAAGCAACUGAACGACAAAGAACGUGUCGCGGCUGCGUUGGAAAACUCAAACCUGCUGGACAUAGUCGAGGAGUGCCUGUCACCGACGCUUGGCUGAGACCUGAAUUACGGCUGGGAACCAGUGUGUUGAUGUAUUCCCGGACUAGCGCAGGGCAUGCGCAUGAAUUUUGGUGCUCCGCGCCUCUCUGUGAGCGUAUUGCUGCCGCUCCAGCUCUUGUGUUGUAGUAGUAUGUAGGUCAUAGAGCGCUGUUUUAUUUUCUCUGGGAGAAACUGCGGGCUGUUGUUGUUGUUAUUAUUAUUAUUAUUAUUAUUAUUAUUAUUAUUAUUUUGUAGCUUGUGGUUGUAUGUCGAGAGAUUGUUGGAUGAUCCGUGCCAUAUCUGUAAUGAUGUCUGGCUA